AUGGCGAAUCAGAUUGGGCGGCUCUAUGGUCCCCAAGGGCUUCAUGGGAACAGUGUACACCCGGGGGCCUUUGCAAGCCUUAACCUGCAGAAGUAUUCCCAGAAGGAGAUGCAAUCAGUCAUGGAAGACACUGGGAUGCAAAAGUACCUUUCGAGUCUGGAACAAGCCUGUGCUACCAGCGUAUAUGCCGCUGUUUCAAGCGAACUUGAGGGAAAGGGCGAUCUAUACCUGAGGGCGCAUCGGUUGCAGUGA